GGCCUGGGGCUCGAGCGUCUGAUACUCCAUCAUUUGCUACUAUACUCCGAUCCCGAAUUAUUGGUCUUUGUUUUAAAUACAACGCCGCAAGAUGACGCUUUUUUCUUAUCGCGUCUGCGCAGCAGUAAAACGAAAUGUCCGCCGAAAAUCAUCACAGCGGAUUGCUCCAUCAAAGAUCGGCUGCUUACUGGAUUCCAAGAAUCUUUUAUUUUACGUUUAUAUCGCGAAAAGAAAGCGGACGGUUUCGUUAAAGCAUUCAGCGAUAAUCCUGGAGCGUUAUCGGGCAUGGGACUGUUACAGCGACUUGUCAAUCGUUUAUAUGUUCGAAGAGUCCGGCUUCUACCGAGAUUUGAUGUGGAUGUAAAAAGGAUAUUGGAUUCAUGUUCCCCACAUAUGAUCGAAAUCUCACCCGAUCUACCGCAUUCGCUGCGAAGAGUUCAGUCACUUUUGGUUGAUAUCAUACGAACAUGCGUUCGGGAACUAAAACAGACGACAUCUUCAACAGAUGAUGCAACUGAGGAUGAAAGUGUACAACCAUCCGCUGGACUGUUACCUUCUCAGUUGGAAAUUCUUUUAAAAGGACGGCAGUUCUCAACAACUGAAAAACAGCAACGCCUAUUAGCAGACCUCAAACAACUUCGUGAACUUCUUUACCAGGCCGAAGAACUGGACCCAAUAACACUCUACAAUCGUCUAAAUGAAAUUAAAGAGGAUAAAAAUCUACUCACAAAUAACAGUGGUUGGUUAUUUACACAAACUUCAUCGAAAUUGUUUGCUGAGGUGGCUGGACUGUGCAAGGUCAAGUCGGACUCUGCUGAAUCCGCUGUACUCGGUGAGUGA